AUGACCAAGUUCCGCCCGUGCAUUGACCUGCACGCCGGCCAGGUUAAGCAGAUCGUGGGCGGCACGCUCGACAACGCCUCGGCGGCGCUACAGACAAACUACGUCUCGCAGCAUCCGGCGGCGUACUAUGCCGAGCUGUACAGAGACAAUUCGCUCGAGGGCGCCCACGUCAUCAUGCUUGGCCCCGGCAACGAAGAGUCUGCUCGGCAGGCUCUGCAGGCCUGGCCGGGACAUCUCCAGGUCGGCGGCGGCAUCAACCAUGGCAACGCCAAGGAGUGGAUGGACGCGGGGGCAUCCAAGGUCAUCGUCACCUCGUUCCUCUUUCCCGAGGGCCGCUUCAGUCAGCCCAGGCUCGAUGCCGUGCUCGAGGCACUCGGCGGCGACAAGAGUAAGCUCGUCAUCGACCUCAGCUGUCGGCGGCGUGGUGGCAACGAGAGCCGCUGGUUCGUGGCCAUGAACAAGUGGCAGACGGUGACGGACAUGGAGGUGAACCAAGAGUCAAUCGCGGCGCUGGAGCCGUACUGCUCCGAGUUCCUCAUCCACGCGGCCGACAACGAGGGCCUGCAAAGAGGCAUCGACGAGGAGCUGGUGGCGCGGCUGGCGAAGUGGUGCUCGAUACCCGUCACGUACGCGGGCGGAGGGCGGCGGCUGGACGACCUGGAGCUGGUUGCGCGGCUAAGCGAGGGCAAGGUCGAUCUCACGAUAGGCAGCGCGUUGGACUGCUUUGGCGGGUCAGGAGUCAAGUUUGACGACUGCGUCGAGUGGAACAAGAGGCAGGGCUGA